AUGUCUCAAUGGUACACAGUUGCCUUUCUUCUACUAGCUGCUUGUUUUUGGGAAAGCCACCAAGCCGCACCUCCAAAAUGCACUCAUCUGAAAGAGUUUGCUCUGGAUAACAGGAUCAGAAAUCAAUUGUCAUCAUUGAUCACUGCUGAACUUUCUGGAUUGGAAUAUGAUUGCUUUUUGGAAUUGGUAGCAGCAGUGAUUUUGGACGACCCUGAAACGGAUUACAGUUGGCUUCCAGAACAUGGCAUGUACCCUCUCAUUUUUGACACCUAUGAAACAGAUGAAAACGCUGGAGCGAAAGCAGCUAUGGAAUUGUGGAAGACAUAUAUUCAUAAUGUGGGUGAAAAAACAACAUUUGCAUGUGGACAUAAUCUUGAGUCUGACGGCUUACAUGUGUUUAUCUGCAUUCUAAAAUAA